AAAAGCAACUUGCGCACUGCAUUAUCUUAAUCUAAAUACAAUUGGCAAAUUUAAUCCUCGUAGUGGUUAAAAUACUUUAAUCCCUAUGAUUCUUCGUCAUCCGAAUCAAUAUCAAGAUUUAUCAGCUAACUACCUGUUCCAAACGUUGAAAGUAAUUCCAAAGCUUUAGAAAGUCGUUACAAAGACCUAUCGUUCUACGUUAAGGCCUUGCGAUCAUGGGUAUGCAGCCGCGAGCCGGGUCGCUAGCCGACACCAACGGAACCAACGGAACCAACGGCAUCAAUGGAACAAACGGUGAAACGAACAGGCGGAAAGCACCCUUAGAUAUCGAAGAGAUCUUGCGCAAGAAGAAAGAGGCAAAUGAAGCUGCCGCGAAACCAAGAUUUAUCCCUAAAGCCGAGCGUGAGCGCCUAGCAGCAGAGAAACAAAAAGAGGAGGAGGAGAAGCGAAGGCGGAAGGCAGAAGAAGAAGCACGAAAUAAGCCUACUGGUAGAUCUACAACCGUGUCAGGACUUGAUGGACGGCACCCGGAUCGUCGCGACAGAAAUCAUGCACCAGCUGUUCCGACGGGACCUAGGGCUAUGCGCCAAACUGGGCACGAUAGACGCGAUACCAACGACAACGAAAAUGGAGAUGCACGAGGGAAAUCAAAGGGCAAGAAGGGGUCGGCUGGGGAGAAACGAGCGGCACCAGAAGAAACAGAAGCCGCCUCAAUACGAGCGCGAUAUAUGGGCCCAGAAAUGAACCAAUCUACCUUCUCGGCCAAGAAGAAGCGGAGAAGAACAACAGAAAAGAAAUUCAAUUUCGAAUGGGAUGCGGAGGAAGACACAACACAGGAUCACAAUCCCAUCUACUCAGAGAGGGCUGAGCCCACCUUCUUCGGAAGAGGAAGGCUGGCCGGGUUUGGUGACGAUAUGACAGAAGAGAACGCCAAGAAGUACGCCAUGUCUCUGAUCGAGCGUGAUCCUGAAAACGGGGCGCAACGAGCACAAGAGCUACUGGAUAUGAUGCGAAAGGCGAAGGAGAGGGCUAACCGCAACGGCCUAGGGAAGCACUGGUCAGAGAAGAAGCUAGAGGACAUGCGCGAACGAGAUUGGCGUAUCUUCAAAGAAGAUUUUGGUAUUGCAACCAAGGGUGGACUCAUUCCAAAUCCAAUGCGAAACUGGCAGGAAUCGGGUUUACCUCGUCGUCUGUUAGACAUCAUCAGCAAAGUUGGGUACGACGAGCCGACUCCGGUCCAGCGUGCCGCAAUCCCAAUUGCUCUACAGGCAAGAGAUCUAAUCGGUGUAGCUGUCACUGGUUCAGGAAAGACGGCUGCUUUCUUACUACCUCUACUAGUAUACAUCUCGGAAUUACCACCAUUAAAUGAAAUCACCAAGAAUGAUGGUCCGUACUCAUUAAUUAUAGCCCCAACUCGAGAGUUGGUUCAGCAGAUCGAGUCAGAGGCCAAGAAAUUCGCUAUUCCGCUAGGGUUUACCGUUGUUAGUCUUGUCGGUGGGCAUUCACUUGAAGAACAAGCGUUUGCCUUGAGAAACGGUGCUGAAAUUAUCGUUGCCACACCUGGUCGUCUAGUCGACUGUAUCGAACGACGCCUGCUGGUAUUGUCCCAAUGUUGCUACAUCAUCAUGGAUGAAGCCGAUCGUAUGAUUGAUAUGGGUUUUGAAGAACCAGUCAACAAGAUCUUAGACGCGCUCCCCGUCACCAACGAAAAGCCGGACACCGACGCCGCCGAAAACCCGCAACUAAUGAGCCGACAUCUUGGCGGCAAAGAUCGAUAUCGACAGACAAUGAUGUACACAGCCACCAUGCCGUCAGCUGUCGAGAAGAUCGCGAAAAAGUAUCUACGUCGGCCUGCUACGGUAACAAUAGGAAAUGUAGGAGAAGCUGUAGAUACGGUCGAGCAACGGGUCGAAUUCGUCCCCGGAGAGGACCGUCGCAAGAAGCGCUUACAGGAGAUUCUAUCAUCCAACGAAUUUGCACCGCCUAUUAUCGUGUUCGUCAAUAUCAAACGCAACUGCGACGCCGUCGCUCGGGAGAUCAAGCAUAUGGGCUUUUCAGCUGUCACACUCCACGGCAGCAAGACCCAGGAACAGCGAGAACAGGCUCUCGCCUCAGUACGCGGCGGCACGACGGACGUCUUGGUCGCGACAGAUCUUGCCGGUCGUGGUAUCGAUGUUCCGGACGUAUCACUCGUCGUCAACUUCAACAUGGCUUUGAGUAUCGAAAGUUACACGCAUCGUAUCGGUCGUACGGGUCGUGCUGGCAAGAGCGGUGUUGCUAUCACAUUCUUGGGCAACGAAGAUGCGGAUGUCAUGUAUGACCUGCGGCAAAUGCUUUCGAAGAGCUCGAUAUCUAGGGUGCCGGAGGAGCUGCGCCGGCAUGAGGCUGCACAGCAGAAACCAAAUAAGGGGCCCAAGAAGCUUGAGGAGAAGGGCUUUGGUGGGAAAGGGGGUGGAUGGGACUAGAGUUGGUCCAUGUUUAGGUACUUACUGUAUUUAUGUAACCUAUCACGAGGAUAAUAUUAUGGCUAUGGUCGUUACUACCUCACGGCGGUUGUGCUUAAGUGCGUGCCACCUAUCUGGCUGGUUUAGCCGUCACUAGAGGAGAGGUUACAUAUCAAAUAUCUUGCUUGAAAUUACUUAGAUAUCCGGGUAGGGUAAUUUGAAUACCUGCACAAGGGACUAAGUUGCUAGUGUUUUUAAGAAUGAGCUUGCGUGGAUAUAGUAUUAUGUUAUAUUGUUAUUAACUAGAUGGGUAUUAUGAAGCCAAGGCCCCGGAGUAUUUAUAGAUGGUAUAUCUUGAGAACGAACUAUUGGGUGUAUACAGGAGAGAUUAGUACUGAAGGAGUUUAAGGGGUAGGUGCAGAUAAGAGGCAUCAUGUUGUAAAAGAUGCCUAACUUAUAUGGUUUGUUCUAGAC